UUUGUGGACUGCAGGAAGUAAGGUAUGAAAAUAGGGUUGUUUUUCCCCCAUGGAAGGCGGUGAUGUAGUUUAUUAGAACGCGCUGAAUGUCAGAACAAGGUUUGAAGUGAAUCUAAAUUCAUCAGUUUCGGUGUAUCUGCUGGAGGAUUAAGGUAUGUUUCUCAAUAUAGGCUGCUUGCCCCUGUUGCAAUUCCUUGGCUUGGCUUUGGCAGUGGAAGUUUGUUUCCGGUCUCUCGUCCAACCAGUUGAACGAGCUCUUGCUCCGUGGCAAAACUGUCAAUGAGAAAGCACUGCCAGCCCUGCCUGCUGUAGGCCCAGCUUGGAAUGUCAGCCAUUCUGCCACUGGUCCAGAUCGACCCCGCGGACCGAAAGGACAAGGAUGGGGACUCGGAUUCCAGGCGGAUGGGGAGCUCCACACCUCCGGAGGAAGCCAGCAGCCCCCUGCACAACUCCGAAACCCUCGAAUACCCGAGUGACCAGCAGCACCCCAACUGCCUGGAGCUUGACCUGUGGGCUGAGAAGGAGCCGGGCAAGGCCCCUCCCCUGCUGGAGGAGAAGUCGGAGACCCCACCCCCACAUCUCUGCGACCCCAGUGUCCACGUGCGGGUGGUCCCCAGAGGGUCGCUGCUGAGGACGCAGAGGAGCAGUGAGGAGGAGGAGGAGGAGGAGGAGGAGGAGCAAGUGUGUGUCUUGGCCAACGGAGGUGGGGCCUUGGAAGGGGGCAGCACCCCUGAGCACCGACCCUUCCUGACGUUCCGGAGCCGCAGCCGGGCUGCGAUGGACAGGGAGGGGCCGGACGAGGAGGCGGCCUGCGAGGCCCAGGGGGACAGGGCGGAGAGGGGCUCCUGCGGGUGCUGCAGCCGCUCCAGCCUAAAGGGCACAGCGGCCCUGGCGGGCUCCCUACUCAUCUACCCCUGCUUCCUGUACGGCGCCUACGUCUUCCUGCCCUUCGACGUGCCCCUGAUGCCCGACCUCAGCGCCCGCCUCAUCUACACCCUCCGCUGCAGCAUCUUCGCCACCGUCCCCAUCCUGAUGGGAAUCGUCGUGUACGGGCUGGCGCGCCUGUGCUCCUCCUCGGUCGACCCGUUCGAUAAGCGGAAGGAGGAUGUCGAGAUCCACCUGCGCUUCGUCACGGACUCCGUCCACCUCCUCCUGCUGUUCCUCAUGAACCUGCUGGUGCUCUCCACCUACCUGCCGCACGAGGUGCUGAAACUGCUGCCCCUCCUCACGGCCUUCUUCGCCCUGGCCAGGCUGAUUUACUGGCUGACCUUCGCCAUCAGCAGCACCUUCAGGGGUUUUGGCUACGGCCUCACCUUCUUCCCCAUCCUGGGCCUACUCAUCUGCAACCUGUACUACAUGUUCGUGCUGGCCCCCGACCAGAUGUUCUCCACCUCUCUCAGCAACGGGGAGCAGGAGGAACAGAGUCAGUCCCCACGCCAGAGGUUCUGGGGGUGAAGGGUAUUUGGAGAGUGGGCAUCAACCUGUCUUCUUGAGUUUCUUUAUCGGUCAGCGUCCUGGCCGUCUGGUUUAAUAUCACUGGCAUAUGUCAUGAAAUUUGUUAUUUAGCAGCAGCAGUACAAUGGAAUUCAUAAUAAAAAAAACUAAAUUGCAAUAAGACACACACACACACACACACACACACACAUAAAUAUAUAUAUAUAUAUAUAUAUAAA